AUGAAAUUCGCCGAAGAACUGCAGGUUCGGCUUCAGUCGUUCCUCGGGAACAACCCGCCAUUGGCUCUGAUAACGUGCAUAGCUGCUCUUAUCAUCGCCCACGCAAUCGGAACCAUCAUCUACAACCUCUACUUCCACCCGCUCUCCGCCUACCCCGGCCCGCGCUCCGCCGCCUGCACCAACCUCGCGUGCUGGCGCGCCGCCGUCUCGGGCGACCUCCUCCCCUGGAUCCGCGCCGCGCACGAGAAAUACGGCGAGACAGUCAGACUAGGCCCCAACACGCUCAGCUACACGAACCCGCAAGCCUGGAAGGACAUCUACGGCCAGCAGAAGCGCACCAACCCGAAAGACACGCUCUACUACCCACCGCACCUCAACGGCCGCCACGCCCUCAACGCGCUGCCCUCCGACGCCGACCACGCCCGCCUGCGCCGCGUCUUCGCCCCGGCCUUCUCGGCGUCGGCCCUGCGCGCCCAGACGCCGCAGAUCGUGACGCCCUUCGCCGACCUGCUGGUCCGCAACAUGCGCAAGCUGACCACGAGCAAAAGACUCGACCUCGUCACCCUCCUCACCUGCACCACCAUGGACAUCAUCUCCGACCUGACCUUCGGCGCGCCGCUCGGCCUGCUCGCCACCUCCGACGACCAACAGGCUGCCUACACACCCUGGGUCGCCGCCAUCUUCGGCUGGCUCAAGGCCGCGGACCUGUCGCGGAUCGGCAUCGAGUACCCGUGGCUGGGCGCGCUGGCCAAGGCGCUGACGCCGCCGGCGCUCACGCGCGCCGCGCGCAUGCAUUUCGGCGAGGCGGCGGCGCGCGUGGACGAGCGGGUGGCGCGGGGCGCGGGGGAGAGGCCGGAUUUGUGGGGGUAUGUGUUGAGGGAGCAGCAGCAGCACGGCAAGGAGGAGGAGGAGGAGGUCAUGGAUAUGGAGGACAUGUAUGCGAAUGCGACCAUCUUCAUGCUGGCCGGGUCCGAGACGUCGGCGACGCUGCUGAGCGGGCUGGUGUGGCUGUUGUGUCGGAAUCCGGAGAAGAUGGCGGCGCUGUGCGCGGAGCUGAGGGGCCAGGAGGGUGAUGUGGAGGCGUUGCCGCGGAUGAAGUAUUUGGCGGCGUGUAUUGACGAGGCGAUGAGGCUGUAUCCGCCGCUGCCUAUUGGCCCGCCGCGCGAGGUGCAUCGCGAUGGGAAUAUCAUCUGUGGGAAGUGGGUGCCGGGGAAGACUCGCGUGAGUGUUGCGCAGUACACGGCCUAUCGCUCUCCGCUGUACUUUAAGGAUCCCGAGGCGUUUAUUCCAGAGCGUUGGCUUCCCGGUACUGGAUAUGACCAUGAUAGGAGAGAUGUCGUGCAACCUUUCUCCUACGGUCCACGGAAUUGCAUAGGCAAACCUCUUGCAUACCAGGAAAUACGCAUCAUCUUGGCAAAGAUUCUGUGGAACUUUGAUCUUAAGCUCUGCCCUGAAAGCGAUGGAUGGAUUAACCAGAAGAGCUAUUCAAUGUGGAAGAAAGACCCCUUGUGGGUCGAGGCAACACCUAUCCGGUAG